AUGGGCCUCGAGCCCGGGCCCAGGCUCCGCGUCCACGUGGAGGACGGCGGCCGCUUCGCCCUGCGCGCCGCCGGCGCGGGCACGGACGAGGCCGACUCGGCAUCGGCCACCGGCUCCGCCAGGGGCGACGCCUACGACGCUGUGCUGGUCGACGCCUACGACGCGGCAGGCGCUGUGCCGCUGGAGCUGUGGGGCGGGGGCGGCGCGCUGUGCAGGGCGCUGGCCGCCGGCCUGCUGAACAGGCGCGCCGGCAUUGUGGCGACGAACUUCCUGCCCAGCGUCGACGUCGGCCCGCCGCUGGCCGCCUACCGCUCAGCUCUCGGCGGCGGCGCCAGCCUGGGGUUUUCGGUGCAGGCGAAGGGCUCUGGCAACCGCAUCGCCGUGCACGCCUGCGGGGGGCCCCCCGGCGCCGCUGGCUGGAGCCGCGCCGUCCUGCGGCAGCGGUUGGAGGCCGCAGCGCGGCAGGUCGACGGCGCCAUCGGGUGCAACUUUGACAUGGCUGAGCUGGCUGUCAGGGGCCUCCAGUAG